UCCUUAGUUCCACAAGAACCGAUGGGCGUUGGUAACCCUUUUCGUGUAAGCUCAAUUUUGUCAUAAUCAUGCUAUUCAUUACUUUAUUAAAGUUAAAUUACUUUUUUUUUUUCAUCUGGCGCAUUGGAAAAACUCAUAAAAUACGAUAAUAACAGGCCUUUGAUGAAUGUAUUAUGAACUGAUAUGAAUGCUGAUGAUCGCCAUACCAUUAUCCGAAGUCCCAAUGAAAGAAGCAUAUCCUGCCAUAGCAUUGCCGAAUGCAGAACUAUAAUUGGGGAUAAAUAACCAAAAUAAUUGGGGAUUUCUUUUACAGUCCAGUUUCGCCGGUUGUCAUAAACUUAACUAAAAAACCAAAGCAUAAUCAUUAACAAGAUACGGGCAACUUUCGUAGCAUUGGAAAGGUUGAGGGAGUGGGAAAUGGGCUUAGUGCCACAGAAAAUAAACGUCGUCUCUUUUUGGAGAAUUACUAUAAGGAGGCAGUUUUCUCUUUACGGUAGAUGCUUAAUGAUGGUGUAGGGCAUUAGACCUUUCCAUAGAAAGUUACAUUACUGGCCUUAUAUAUUUUACGUUAAAGGAGAGGUAGGCUGCUGUUUUGAUUACUUUCCAUAUAUGAGAAUCUCCUAUUUGGACAGUGUAUCAGUUUCAGGGAGGGUAGGGUUCCCUAUAUGGAAUAAAUCUCUUUAGAUGGCAAGAAUAUAACAAUGACAGACACUCUUUGGUUAUGAAAAGGAUAUUUGAGAUUUAGGCCCCAGUCCAUCUGCACCUAAUACCCUAAACACCCAGAAUACACCCUUGACUUCUUUUUCAAGUAGAUAGGUUGUAACAAUCUGGUCUUACCAAACCAUUCACAUAAAGCACUUUCGUCCUCAAUAGCCAGUACUUUUGGCUUGUGACAAUCCAUCUAUGACGGGGCCAGAUUCAAUUAACAUGCAGGAGAAUGCAAGUUCUCAACUUGAUGAAGCAAAGGAACGACCAUUUCAUGCCACUGACUGCAGGACAAAUACAAGACAUGCUCGAUGGACUAAACAAGAAACAAUUGUGCUCAUACAAGCAAAGCUUGCUGUAGAGAACAGAGCACAAGCGAGGAAUACACCAUUCUCAAUCUUUUUGUCAGACCAGAAUGAACCUAAGUGGGAUUCCGUUUCUUCAUAUUGUAAACAGCACGGUGUCAGCCGGGAGCCGGCUCAAUGCCAGAAAAGAUGGAGUAAUCUUCUUGGUGAUUUCAGGAAAAUUAAGACUUGGGAGUCACAGAAAAAGAAAGAGGCUGAAUCAUUCUGGACAAUGAGAAGUAAUUCGAGAAGAGAAAGAAAAUUGCCUGGUUUAUUUGAUAGGGAAGUUUAUGACAUCUUGGAUGGAAGGGGAUUUCCUAUGGCAGCAACUCCACUGGCACAUGUUACGGUGAUGACAGAAAUAGACAGUGGCAGUGGAGAUCAAGUAGCAAAAGCAGCAGCAACAGCAGAGGAAGAGCAGAAAAAUGAAAAUGAAGAAGCUGAUGAGGAAAUUGGGCAAGAAAAUGAAAAGGAAACUAUUGCAAUGAGGAGUCCUGCAAAGACAGUUAAUACUCUGUCUCCAAUUUCAGGUGAAGCUAAGGAAAAGUAUCCAGGUUCAACAGCUCGAACAGGAUCUAUGAUUCAGGAGGGACUGAAGCGGAGGCGGUUGUCAAUAGAUGGAAGUAAGGACAUUAAUUGGGCCAAGGUUCUAGAGAGGAACAGUAAUAUGCUAAGUUCUCAGCUUGAAUCUCAAAACAUAAACUACCAACUAGAUAGGGACCAAAGGAAGGAGCAAGCUGAUAGCUUAGUUGCUGCCCUCAAUAAGCUUACAGAUGUGCUGUUAAGAAUAGUCAAUAAGUUAUAAGUGAAACCAAGAUAAUAGUCCUAGCCUCCCGCAACACAGUGAAGCAAAAAGGACAAUGAUUUCUGGGUUUAUUUAAGUUCCUUGUCAUAUUGUUGACCCAUGAAAGCUUUGCUAUCUACACCCAGCCUUUUUAAUUUUCUUUCCUAGCAUUACUUCCAUAGUUUUGCUUUGGCCAAUCAUUAUUGCUAUGGUUUAGGACUGAAAUGAGAUACAAGGUAAGAGCAGAUGAAAACCAGAAGCAGUUCUCUAAAUUUUGGGGACUCUUUUUUUACUCUAAUGUACUAUAAUGAACUGCUAAAGUUACAGUUUUCUUGUUUAAUUUCUUCCGAGUCAUUAUGAAUCUAGCAAA